AUGGCAGACGAGCUGACGCCACUGCAAAGCCUCGAAGGCCGCCUGCUCUUCGCAGUGCCCAAGAAGGGUCGCCUCCUCCAGGCUAGUCUGAACCUCCUCGAGGGCGCCGACAUCCAAUUCAAGCGCGAGAACCGCCUCGACAUUGCGCUCGUCAAGAAUCUGCCCAUCGCCCUCGUCUUUCUGCCCGCCGCAGACAUCCCCACUUUCGUCGGCGAGGGCCGUGUCGACCUAGGAAUCACCGGCUUCGACCAAGUGAGGGAACACGAUGCUGGCGUGCGCGAAUUGGCCCGCGCCCGUCGCAUGAGCGGCGACGGGAGCCCUGACCCGUCAGACAAAGCACAAGGUUGUGAGACGGUCAUGGACCUCGGAUUCGGCUCUUGCCGCCUUCAGGUCCAGGCACCUGCCAAGGGCGGGUACGCUGAGGGCAAGGACCUUAUUGGGAAGAACGUUGGGACGAGCUUUGUGCAUCUGGCCCACGAGUACUUUGCCCGUCUAGAACUCGAGAGGGAGGGUGUGACAGACUCCAACGCCGACUUUGCGGGUCGUAAGCUACGCACCAAGAUCAUCGAGCUCAGCGGUAGUGUCGAAGCGGCCUGUGCAUUGGGUGUAGCCGAUGGAAUUGUUGACCUUGUUGAAUCUGGAGAGACUAUGAAAGCGGCCGGACUCAUGGCCAUAGACACGGUAGUGGAGUCGUCUGCCAUCUUGAUCAAGUCAAAGGCACCCAGCAACCCUGCCAUGGUGGACCUGAUUGCGGCGCGUAUCGGUGGCGUUAUUACUGCACAGAAAUACGUCUUGUGCCAGUACAACAUUCCGAGAACGAGCCUUUCGGACGCGACCAAAAUCACGCCUGGAAAGCGCGCGCCAUCCGUCACGUCUUUGGAUGAGGACGGCUGGGUGGCCGUCAGUGCAAUGGUCGAGAAAAAGCGCAUUGCCCCGGUUAUGGACGAGCUGAUGAAGAUUGGAGCAACGGACAUCUUGGUCUUGGAUAUCCACAAUACCAGGGGCAGUUGA